AUGGAAGACCAAAAGAUGCACGGAAUGAUCGUGGCAGUCGGCAUUGGACUGGCUGUCCUCGUAGCCUUCAUCACGUUCACUCUAUUCACGUCACCGCCACAUCAACCGCGCCAUAAGCCACCACCGGUACCCGCUGCAAGAGAGUACACCAUCCGAGACCACAGCCAGAAACACGAAGUGCCGGCAGAACGCAGGCACGCAAAGAAGCCCAGCCCUGAAGAGGAUGACGAUGAGGAGAAACGACGGAAGAAAGUACGCUUCGCAUCGCAGAAAGCUUUCCCCAUGAAUGAUAACAAUCAGUCAACGUUCCUCAUCUAUCGCGCGCUUAUCGAGGAAGCGCAAGAGAAACAAGAACGUGGCCCGCAAAUGGGUGCUGUGCAUGCAGAAGCCAGCCAAGCAAAGAAGCCCAACACGGAAGGGGAUCACAAAAGCGUCGAGGCACUCAAGAAUAUUCAACUUGCAGCACAGAUGGUUGUCCCUAAUAUGGAAGCCAGCCAAGCCAAGAAGCCUAACACGGAAGGGGAUCACAAAAGCGUCGAUGCACUCAAGAAUGUUCAAGUUGCAGCACAGAUGGUUGUCCCUAAAAUGGAAGCCAGCCAAGCCAAGAAGCCUAACACGGAAGGGGAUCACAAAAGCGUCGAGGCACUCAAGAAUGUUCAAGUUGCAGCACAGAUGGUUGUCCCUAAAAUGGAGCCUCGGAAGCAAGACAGAACGCCGCCUCCUCGUCGAAAUGAGAAGAUACUAGGUAAAAGGUUUCAACCGCUUCAGCCAAACGUGGGAGUGCACGCGAAAGUGACAGAGUUGGAACCCAUCGACACGCUACCGGCGCAUCCCGUUGUGUGCAUCGUGAGCAGUUCGGCAACGGCAGAAGUGAGCUAUCCGCAGGACGGUCUCUGUGACGCUGUCAUCUUCAACAAGGUAUUCUACCAUAGCGGCGUGGUCUCCGUUUCGCAAGCAGAAAACCACACAUACAUGGAGUUUCUCGCCGAGGCGGCCAAGUCCAAGCUCACAGCCUACAUGGUGGCCACAGACCGUUAUUUCGCCGUCUACGAGACUAUCCCGGCGGCGCCCAGUCUCGAGGCGCUGCGCAAGGAGAACGUGCGUGGGUUCGGCUUCCUCGGCAUACGCGUACAAAGUGCGCAGGGGGACAUGCUCGAGCAGCACACCAGGCUGCUACGGUCACAGGUCGAGGACCUAAACAACAUGCUGAAGGAGGUCGAAGUGACCGACUGCGCUGUAUUUCUUGGCGUAACCACAGAGGAGCACAUGUUCAAGGACGAGAUAGUUACAGCUGCAUUCAAGUCACUCGUCAAAAGUGUUAAAGUGCACCUCUUGAUCAUUGAGAACAACCAACUGAAACACGACGACUGCCUGGCAAGCCCGAUCACAACGUGGAGCAAUGUCAGUGGCAUCGCUUUUGACGAGGCGCAGGCGACUGCCGCUUGGAUGACGGAGUCGGGAAUGGUUCCUGCUUUGAGCCACACCGCCGUAGCGUUCUCCUCGUGGAUACCGGCCAUGCAGUUUCUACGCAGCGCCGACACAACGAUGCCGACUGCGAACGGCACAAGGCGGUGCUUUGUGUUCAGUCUCAUCCCAUACGACAAAAUGAUGUGCAGCCAUCCGAGGAGGUAUCACAACGUGAGUGAUAUGUACUUCGCCAAGGAUGAAUCGAUGCAAGGCGUCUACGUCUACGAGGAUCCCGAGAUCCUCAAGGAGAAGGUUAUGAAAGUGAGGCGUGCCAUGAGCGGGACUACUGCCAACGUAGGCUGGGCAUUUCAUGGUCUCGAGUACGAAGGCGACGACGCUGGCGAGUGCGGACGCCGCUACGACCGCAUUCCUGCAGUUAAGACGGCGCUCCGGUCCUUGCGGACCUUGCGUGUCACCUAAUCCCGCUGGACUGAAAUCACCUCCGCAGCAAACCUUUUCGCUCAACAAAUUUGAGUAUGACAAGGUCAAAAUUAAAUCCCAA